AUGAUUCCUCCUGCUUCUCAACCAUUGGACAAAACUGCUUCCCAAUCAUUGGAUGAAAGAGAUGUAGCUUCAAACGAUGCUCAGCCAGUUAGUAACCUUUCCAAACAGGUCACAAUGGUAUUAUCUAAACCAAAAUACAGGCAUGAAUUUUAUCAGAAACUAGAGGAAAUAGUUGUGACUAUAUUUGCAAAGGGUAUACCAGCAAAAAGUGUUGCGGUUGACUAUGGUGAACAAAUACUGAGUGUUACCAUUGAUUUGCUGGGUGAAGAUUCGUAUACUCUUCAAUCUCGGUUAUUUGGAAAGAUAAUUCCUGCAAAAUGUAGAUAUGAAGUUUUGUCUACAAAGAUUGAAAUACGCCUCGCAAAAGCUGAACCCAUACAUUGGACAUCUUUUGAAUUUAGCAAGGAUGUCACAGUUUUACGGCAAAUAAAUGUAUCGUCAGGCAAUCAAAAACCAGCUUAUCCUUCCUCAAAACCGACAAAAAAUUGGGAUAAACUGGAAGCAGAAAUGAAAAAGGAGGAAAAAGAAGAAAAAUUGGAUGGAGAUGCAGCUUUGAACAAAUUUUUCCGCGGCAUCUACCAAGAUGCUGAUGAGGACACAAGAAGAGCCAUGCAAAAAUCUUUUGUUGAGUCGAAUGGGACAGUGUUAUCCACAAAUUGGAAAGAAGUGGGUUCAAAGGUGGUGGAAGGAAGCCCUCCUGAUGGCAUGGAGAUGAGGAAAUGGGAAUAUUAGUAUCUUAACUCUAGUUAGAUACUGUGCGAUAUAAUUUUUUCUUUUUGAACUUUUGCUUGGUGGUGUUUGAAUCAGUCUAUUCAUUUGAUCUAUAAACUUUUAUAUGUUUUAAGAUUGUCUGAACUGUAUAUGAUACAUCUUCCUUGGUCGAAUUCAGAGAUUUCAUAGAGUUAUGGUUUCCUGUUGUGGUAAAUUUUUUGGGAUUUUUUUAUUUUAGUAUAAUUUGAUUCUCUUGAAACACU